CCAGAGCCAGCAGCGAUAGAAUACAAAGACUGCACACCACUGAGACAGGCUUCUAUUACAGAAUGAAAUUAUUCUCGGCUUUUGCUCUCGUCUCCCUCGCCUGCCUCUCCACUCUGGUUGCAGAAUUCCCAUUUUCAGAUGAAGCUACUGAACCAAUUUGUGAGCAGCUAAGAGAGUUGUUCCAAGUAUGCCCAAAGAGCUAUAUACCAGUGUGUGGAACUGAUGGCGUAACCUAUGACAAUGAAUGCCACCUCUGCAAUGCAGCUCAAAAAGAUGGAGCUGGAAUCUUGAUUCAGAAAUUUGGACCAUGCAGAAAUCAACGUCGCAGAGACUGAGUUUCCACUUAUUUGGUCGACCUAUCUGUCAUUAUUGUCUGGUGUAUUUAAACGCUGUC